GAAGUAGAGGGCAUUGAAAUCGGAAAGCGAUCAAACAUCAAACAAGCGGAAAGUAAAUUCCUUCAAUUGUCCCUUGCCCAUAAGUGAAAAUUCGAAUUUUUAAACGCCAAUCAAUGAAACUGCUUGGCCAUGUUUUUCUAAUUGAAUUGACAGAUGAUUCUACUGUAACUUGUUGUGUUUUCACGCCGUAAUCAAGAUCAGGAACGCUUUUAUAUCGCAGCUAUAUUAUCCCCUCAACAGAACAAUGACUUCUGUGACGCUUCGCCAGCAAAAACUGGACCAACAGAAGCAGCUAAUGGAGCAGAGAUUAAAGCAAAAGAGGCAAACCCCAGGAAUGGUUUUAGCUUCUGAUGCACGGCCUACAAUGUCAUCUAAAUCUCGAAAGCAGCAAUGGGUUCUUCAAGGCUCCAAUUCUAAGAGCGAGGAACUUCAUGGCUAUGAUGGACCAUUGCACUUCUCCAUGGCAGAGGGCAGUCCAGAUAGUGUAAAUCCUAUUUCGGCUCCAGUAAAGCAGUUGUCUAAAGAAGACAUAGAUAUUGAAGACCAUGAAUCAAGUCCUGUCGUCGAGCCGUCCGAGGAAUUGCUAACAAUGGAUGCAACCCAAUCUGAAGGCAGUUUUGCACAGUUGGAUUCACCUGGUGCAGGAGAUGAUCGAGGUGGACAACUCUUGCUAUCUGGUGUUCUCAGCAAUCUGGAACAGUUUGCAGUUGAGCCUGCCCCGCAAGGCGCUCUUGUAAAGUGCAGAAUCACUAGGGACCGAAAGGGAAUGGACAGAGGCCUGUUCCCCACAUACUUUCUGCACUUGGAACGGGAUGAUGGCAAGAAGGUCUUCUUGCUGGCUGCCAGGAAGCGCAAAAAGAGCACCACAAGCAAUUACCUCAUCUCCACAGACCCCACUGAUCUGUCGAGGGCGGGUGAGUCCUUUGUUGGGAAACUCCGCUCAAACCUUCUGGGCACGCAUUUCACUAUCUUCGAUGGAGGCCAAUCUCCGAGCAAAAAUGGCAGCUCCAAUAAGUGCUCACCUCGUCAAGAAGUUGCUGCAGUGAUUUAUGAAACCAACGUUUUGGGAUUCAAGGGUCCACGAAAAAUGACAGUUAUACUGCCAAGUAUGACACCAGAACACAAACGAGUGCCAUUUAGUCCACAAAAUAAUGCUGAGAGUCUCAUUGAGUGUUGGAAAGGGCGCAAAAUGGAUUCAUUGAUUGAACUGCACAACAAAACACCCGUAUGGAAUGAUGACAGCCAGAGCUACGUUCUAAAUUUCCACGGUCGAGUAACGCAAGCAUCGGUCAAGAAUUUUCAAAUCGUACAUGACAGCGACAUUGAUUACAUCGUCAUGCAAUUCGGUCGCGUGGCAGAGGACGUUUUCACCAUGGACUUCAGGUACCCAAUGUGCGCUCUGCAAGCAUUCGCCAUAGCUCUCUCAAGCUUUGACAGCAAACUAGCAUGUGAAUAAUUUGAGAGUUGGUUGGUGUCAGUGGCGCUGAAUCCGUCGAGCUCGAUCUCUGUUUUCAAUUUAGACGAGACUCUUUGAGCACCAAAAUUUUGUCCUACCAAACUAGCUAGAGGCGCAUGAAAUGUUUUUGGUGUGCAAACAAAUUAUGAUCUGUCCUUGCGAUGUUUAGGAGCUGUGUGUGAUCUACAAAUUUAGCAAAUUCCUGGUUGUCGCGAAUGCAGCCAACCUGUGGUACAUGACAAAUGAAACUUGUUAGGUUUAGGUGAUUGAUGGACCUUAAAACCGAAUCUUACAUUUUACACGUCAAGUCUUGAACUUACAAAACUCACCAAACAAGCACCUUAACUGCUCCAAUCCAUACAAUGGCAGGAUUGCGUGUUGACUUAUUUUUGUAUUUUUCUAAGUAUUUUUUGUCCAUUUACUAAAGAGAUAAAUGAUCGACGCUCAAAUGAGAUCUCUGUUUUGCAUUUUCUGCCUCUCAUAUCAUAAAUCUGUGGUAUCAGUACUAUUUUAUGUAAUGUUCGUUAGACAGCAGUGACUUUUGCUGCAUAAAUUAAUUACCGUGUCAGCAUUAUACACAUUUACAGGUCAAUGGAGCUUACGCAUUAUAAUAUAUUAUACUAAUCAACUGUUGCCUAAGUAGAAGUGUGGUCAAUAAAUAGCGUUCAAGCA